GCAGCUGCGGGAGCAGCGGCAGCCUCGGAAGCCAGAGGAGAGGCAGUGGAGGAGCGCCUAGCUGACCGCGCCCCGAGGCCGGGCCCUGGGGGUGGGGAACCGCGGCGAAGAGCUGGAAACUUUCCCGGCAGAAGCAAAGGGGUGUUGAAGAUGUUGAAGGCUGUGCUGAAGAAGAGCCGAGAGGGAGGAAAGGGAAGCAAGAAGGAAACAGGAAGUGACUUUGGUCCAGACGCUUCCCCCGCAGCCCUGCCCCCUGGCCCUGCGGGCGACUUUUCUGUGAGCAGUCUUCCUAUAGCAGAGGACACCUACAGAGUGAGCUUGGCCAAAGGCGUCUCCAUGUCUUUGCCCUCAUCACCUCUGCUGCCUCGACAGUCUCACCCGGUGCAAUCGAGAUCAAACAAAAAGUCCCCAGGUCCCGUCAGGAAGCCCAAGUAUGUGGAAAGCCCCCGAGUGCCUGGAGACGCAGUUAUAAUCCCGUUCAGAGAAGUGUCCAAGCCAGCUGAGCCGAAUGAGAAUGAAGCAAAGGCUGAUAAUGAACCAAGCUGUUCGCCGGCAGCUCAAGAACUGUUGACAAGGCUGGGAUUUUUACUGGGAGAAGGGAUCCCAAGUGCCACACACAUAACCAUUGAAGAAAAAAAUGAAACCAUGUGCACAGCUCUGAGCCAAGGCAUCAGUCCUUGCUCCACACUAACAAGCAGCACCGCAUCUCCUAGCACCGAUAGCCCCUGCUCAACCUUGAAUAGCUGUGUCAGCAAGACUGCAGCCAGCAAAAGUCCCUGUGAGACCAUCAGCAGCCCUAGCUCCACCCUGGAAAGCAAGGACAGUGGGAUUAUAGCCACAAUUACAAGUUCAUCCGAAAAUGAUGACCGGAGUGGCUCCAGUUUGGAAUGGAAUAAGGAUGGAAGCCUAAGGUUAGGGGUGCAGAAGGGAGUGCUUCAUGAUCGCAGGGCAGAUAACUGUUCCCCAGUGGCAGAAGAGGAGCCCACUGGGUCAGCGGAGAGUGUGCCGCCCAAAGCUGAAGCCUCGGUUGGAGAUGGUCCGGUCCCUUAUUCUCAGAGCUCCAGCUCGUUAAUAAUGCCACGGCCCAACUCAGUUGCAGCGACCAGCUCGACCAAAUUGGAAGAUUUGAGUUAUUUAGAUGGGCAGAGAAAUGCUCCCCUUCGAACGUCAAUUAGAUUACCAUGGCACAAUACGGCCGGAGGUAGGGCGCAGGAAGUUAAAGCACGAUUUGCUCCCUACAAGCCACAAGACAUCCUGCUGAAGCCCCUGUUGUUUGAAGUACCGAGCAUAACAACAGACUCUGUGUUUGUGGGACGGGAUUGGCUCUUUCACCAGAUAGAAGAGAACUUGAGGAACACAGAACUGACAGAAAAUAGAGGCGCAGUGGUUGUUGGAAACGUGGGCUUUGGGAAGACGGCGAUCAUUUCUAAGCUGGUGGCACUGAGCUGCCACGGAAGCCGCAUGAGGCAGAUCGCUUCCAACAGCCCCAGUUCAUCACCUAAAACUUCAGAUUCCUCCCCAGAUCCUCCGUUCACUCCGCUGCUCUCACCGAGCACUUCUACAGGUGGUGCCAAUGUAGCUAAAACGGCCACUGGGUCGGGGUCUGAUACUCCUGAAAACCAAAGACCAAGAGAGGAUGCAGUGAAAUACCUCGCUUCCAAGGUUGUGGCCUACCACUACUGCCAGGCCGACAACACCUACACAUGCCUGGUGCCCGAGUUCGUGCAUAGCAUCGCGGCUCUGCUCUGCCGGUCCCAUCAGCUGGCUGCCUACAGGGACCUGCUGAUACAGGAGCCCCAGCUGCAGAGCAUGCUGAGCCUCAGAUCCUGCGUGCAGGACCCCGUGGCUGCCUUCAAGAGGGGAGUGCUGGAACCACUCACAAACCUGAGAAACGAGCAGAAAAUUCCUGAAGAAGAAUACAUUAUUUUGAUAGAUGGCUUGAAUGAAGCUGAGUUUCAUAAACCUGAUUAUGGAGAUACACUUUCUUCAUUUAUUACCAAGAUUAUCUCUAAAUUUCCUGCCUGGUUGAAGUUGAUUGUGACUGUAAGAGCAAAUUUUCAGGAAAUCGUAAGUGCGCUGCCGUUUGUCAAGCUUUCCUUAGAUGACUUUCCUGACAACAAGGACAUUCACAGCGACCUGCAUGCCUAUGUCCAGCACAGGGUCCACAGCAGCCAGGACAUCCUCAGCAAUAUCUCCCUGAACGGCAAGGCCGAUGCCGCCCUCAUCGGGAAAGUGAGCAGCCACCUGGUGCUGCGGAGCCUCGGCUCCUACCUGUACCUCAAACUCACCUUGGACCUCUUCCAGAGGGGACACUUGGUCAUCAAAAGUGCCAGCUACAAGGUGGUGCCCGUGUCUUUGUCUGAGCUCUAUCUGCUGCAGUGCAACAUGAAGUUCAUGACCCAGUCCGCCUUUGAGAGGGCACUUCCGAUUUUAAACGUGGCCCUCGCGUCCCUCCACCCCAUGACGGACGAGCAGAUCUUCCAGGCCAUUAAUGCCGGCCACAUACAAGGGGAGCAGGGAUGGGAAGACUUCCAGCAGAGGAUGGAAGCCCUGUCCUGCUUCCUCAUCAAGAGGCGGGACAAAACCCGCAUGUUCUGCCACCCGUCCUUCCGGGAAUGGCUGGUGUGGAGAGCAGAUGGGGAAAACACUGCCUUCCUGUGUGAGCCCAGGAAUGGGCACGCUCUCCUGGCAUUCAUGUUCUCACGACAAGAGGGCAAGCUGAACCGCCAGCAGACCAUGGAGCUCGGCCACCACAUCCUGAAGGCACACAUUUUCAAGGGCCUCAGUAAGAAGACAGGAAUCUCCUCAAGCCAUCUCCAAGCCCUGUGGAUCGGGUAUAGCACGGAGGGACUGUCUGCUGCCCUCGCCUCUCUCAGGAACCUCUAUACUCCCAAUGUCAAGGUGAGCCGCCUCCUGAUUUUGGGAGGGGCCAACGUGAACUACAGGACAGAAGUGUUAAACAACGCCCCGAUCCUGUGCGUCCAGUCCCACCUGGGCCAUGAGGAGGUGGUCACUCUGCUCCUGGAAUUUGGUGCCUGCCUGGACGGAAUGUCAGAGAAUGGCAUGACCGCCCUCUGCUACGCGGCAGCUGCUGGCCACAUGAAGCUGGUUUGUCUGCUGGUCAAGAAGGGGGCAAGGUUGGACCAUUUGGAUAAGAAAGGCCAGUGUGCGCUGGUCCACAGUGCACUGAGGGGCCACGGUGACAUCCUCCAGUACCUGCUGAGCUGUGAGUGGUCAACGGGUCCUUCCCAGCCAGGCACACUGAAGAAGAGCCAGGCCCUGCAGCAGGCAUUGACAGCAGCCGCCAGCAUGGGCCACAGCUCGGUGGUCCAGUGCUUGCUGGGACUGGAAAAGGAACAUGAAAUAGACGUCAAUGGCGCCGACACACUGUGGGGAGAAACAGCCCUGACUGCUGCUGCGGGACGAGGGAAGCUGGAGGUGUGCGAGCUGCUGCUGGAGCGCGGGGCCGCCGUGUCCCGGACCAACCGGAGAGGGGUCCCGCCUCUGUUUUGUGCGGCGCGCCAAGGGCACUGGCAGAUCAUGAGAUUGCUGUUGGACCGCGGCUGUGAUGUGAACCUAAGCGACAAGCAGGGCCGGACGCCCCUCAUGGUGGCCGCGUGUGAAGGGCACCUGAGCACCGUGGAAUUUCUCCUUUCCAAAGGUGCCACCCUUUCUUCUCUGGACAAAGAGGGCUUGUCAGCCUUAAGCUGGGCCUGUCUGAAAGGUCACAGGGCAGUGGUCCAGUUUCUGGUUGAGGAAGGAGCCGAGAUAGACCAGAUGGACAAGAACGGCCGCACUCCCCUGGACCUGGCGGCCUUCUACGGCGACGCGGAGACGGUGCUGUACCUGGUUGAGAAGGGGGCCGUGAUUGAGCACGUGGACCAUAGUGGCAUGCGCCCCCUGGACAGAGCCAUUGGCUGUCGAAACACAUCUGUAGUGAUUGCACUGCUGAGAAAAGGAGCCAAAUUAGGAAAUGCUGCUUGGGCGAUGGCUACUUCCAAACCUGAUAUUUUGAUUAUACUUUUGCAGAAAUUGAUGGAGGAAGGAAACAUGAUGUACAAAAAAGGGAAGAUGAAAGAGGCAGCCCAGCGGUACCAGUAUGCCUUAAGGAAGUUUCCUCGAGAAGGAUUCGGAGAGGACAUGAGACCAUUCAACGAACUCAGGGUUUCCCUCUAUCUCAAUCUGUCUCGCUGCCGAAGGAAAACCAAUGACUUUGGCAUGGCAGAAGAAUUUGCGACCAAGGCUCUCGAAUUGAAACCGAAGUCCUAUGAAGCCUUUUAUGCCAGGGCACGAGCGAAGAGAAAUAGCAGGCAGUUUGCGGCAGCUCUGGCCGACUUGCGAGAAGCUGUGAAACUGUGCCCCACCAAUCAGGAGAUCAAGAGGCUUCUGGCCCGCGUGGAAGAGGAAUGCAAGCAACUCCAGAGGAGCCAGCAGCAAAAACAGCAGUGCCCACCCGCGGCCCCACCCAACGACUCAGAAAACGAAGAGGAAGCCCCCACCCCUGGACUAAAUGACCACUUUCGUCUUGAGGAGGCUGAAGAAGAAGAAACUUCCCCACAGGAAGAAUCCGUUUCCCUGACUCCCAGGUCCCAGCCAUCCUCAUCGGUCCCUUCCCCGUAUAUCCGGAACCUUCAAGAAGGGUUGCAGUCCAAGAUAAGGCCAGUCUCGCCACCGAACAGGCCAGCCGUCUCCAAGCCCCUGCGGGAGCCUGUAGCACAGCCAGGGCCGAUGAUGCAGCCCACCAAGCAGGCACAGAUAGUGAAGACCAGCCAGCAUCUCGGUUCUGGACAGGCCGGCGUGAGAAGCGGUAGCACAAAAAUUCAGGUCCCUUCUCCGAAUCCUCCCCCGAGUCCCAUGCCAGGCAGAACAGCUCCUGCUGGCGGCAGGAACCAGCCUCCGGAGGGAGCAGGCGCUUUCACUGUGGGGGGCUCGGGCCGGUUUGGAGACCGGCUGGGCCCCAGCCACGGCGCCCAGCUGCAGCACGGUGAGGGCGGCACUGCAUAUCCUUUACCGAGCAAGAUAAAGACGGCAGAGCGGCUUCUGGCUCACGCCUCCAUGGCCGUGGACGCAGCUCCACUAAACCAAGGUGGGCCAGUGAGCUGCGGCGACGGGCGUCACCCAGCCUCCCUCACCAGCUCAGGCUCUUCUGGUUCUCCAUCCAGCAGCAUAAAGGUAUCAAGUUCGACCAGUAGUUUGACUUCAAGCAGUAGCUUUUCCGAUGGCUUCAAGGGCCAGGGACCAGAUGCUCGAAUUAAAGACAAGGCUGUUAACCAGGCUCAGAGCGGCACAGCUGAGCACAGGCCACGCAACACUCCGUUCAUGGGCAUCAUGGAUAAGACUGCGAGGUUCCAGCAGCAGAACCACCCCCAGGGCCGCACCUGGCACUGCCCGGUGCCGGAGGGGCUACUGACAAACACAUCUUCUGCAGUGGGCCUGCCGUCCUCGAACUCGGAGAAGCCCUCUCUCAAACAAGCAGCGGGAUACAGUAGCCAAGGAAAGACCUGUUCUGUUGCAACCCUGGGCGGAAGUGUCCACAAUGGGGCACAGGUGAAAGAGCUAGAGGAAAGAAAGUGCCAAAUCCCAGCCCACUGUCCAGAGAACAGGAUAACCAAGAACGUUUCUCAUCUGUAUCAGGAAAGUAUCUCUAAACAGCAGCCUCACAUCGGUAAUGAAGCCCACCGGGGCCACCUGCCUUCGGCAAAACCAAAGCGAUCAUUCAUAGAAUCAAACGUGUAAGCCAAGAGGGACCCGCUGGUGGAAUCUGAAACAGUGUGUUGGCUCUUGGUGGUAAUUAAAUGAUUUUUUUGAGAAAAAUUACUUUUUAGCCAUAUUCCUUUCCUUUUUCUUUAGAGGUGGAUCAGAUACCAUUGAUUUAUUUAAAAUGUGGGAUAAAAUUUCUUUUGAUAAAUAUCAGAAGUCACCAUAAGAAUGCUAACCAGAAUUGAAAACUAUUAGUUAUGUCUAUUAAGUUAGAAACUUAAGACACCCAGGAAGACGUUAACUAAUGCUUUUUCUCUUAUGAAAUUAUUUGGUUUUUAUCACUUUUCUCCUAGUCUUUGCUAUGUGGUAAAAUCAUAAUAUUUCUUAGAGAAUAUAAAUGUCUAGUGAUAGGAAUAACUCCUGACUAAAUAGCCAGAUGAGAUAGUCUGGAAAAGAUGGAAUUUUCAAGUUAUGGUUCCGUUGAGUCAAAUCCCAAUUUACAUACAUAGGUAAAAUUAAGACCCAAGUAAUUUCUACCUGACUAUGUGACUAUAAAUGUUACAUUGUUGACUUUUUAAGCAAAAUAUGAGAAUAUCCAAGUAUUGUUUUCUUUAUAGGAAUGCCCUGAAGAGGAUUAAGCACUUAUUUCCAUGUUAUGAUUCUCAUUAAACAUAUUUUUAUAGCACUUUUUUGGAAUUAUAUUCCUAUUACAAGGUGUUUCACUCUUUGGAAGCAGUAUAAGCCAUUUGGAAUCAUGACUGGUGGUCAGGCUGGAUUUGGGCUGUAACACUGAGAAUAUAGUGUUCUUGGUGAUAUGUAAAUUAGCGCUCAGCUGGUUCACAGAUUGCUUUUAACAGCGAUAGCGGUCCUGG